AUGGUUGCUUUUGAACGGUGUUUUGUCUAUUGCGACAAGCACUUGACUCCCUAUGCCAUAUUCAUGGGAUCACUCAUUGACACAGCUAACGAUGCACAACUUUCGUGUGACCAUGGCAUCAUGUGGAAUGACGGCGUGAGCAAGAAGGGUAUUGCAAGCUUCUUCCGUGAUGUUAGCAAAGACGCUGUUUGGGACGUCUCAAAGAGCUAUCUAGAGUCGGAGAUUGCAAGAGUCAACAGCUAUGUUAGGCAUCAACAGAUUCGUGUUUUCUUCACACAACUGAUAUAUACUCCCUGUCGCUACACAUGGUCGACUAUAGCUGCUGUGCUGAUGCUUACAGGUGCGAUUCAAACAGUUUACACUGUGUUGCAGUAUUACCAUCCUAGGUAG